UUUAUUACGCGGUGGUGACGCUGCAUUUAUGCGCAUGCGCUAACUGGGAGCGAUGCAAACUACGCCUACCUCUGCGUGCGUGUUCUUGCUGCUGUGGCCAUGACGAAUGCCUUGGACCCUGAAGAUAUUCUCAAGACUCUUCACUGCCCUAAGAAUUCCCAGUCGCUGCGAAGUACGCUUCAGAGCCACGGCGAGGAGGCCAAUCAGUACACGCACUACGCAGAUCCAAACUACGAAUUUCGGACCCCGCUCCAGUCGAUACUUCUGAAUGCAAAGAAAGACGAUCUGUUAGACAUUCUGAGCGUUUUUCUGGUCUACACCAACGCCAAAGUCGACUAUUAUGUUGUCGGGAGCCCUCCUCUGCACAUGGCCAUAGUGAAUAAUGACGUCAUUGAAGUGAUCAAGCUCCUCAUUGCAUUUGGGGCUGACAUCAAUCUCCCAAAUGAGAAUCAGAACAACGAGACACCUCUUGAUGUGGCCAGACGCUGCAACCACCAGUCUGCACGCAGUCUUCUUUCCGACCUUCGAGCCUUCAGCAGCACAAGCGAAGCUUUCGUCCGCUACAGAUUCGAGCGUCUCUCUUCUUUCCCCGAGGACAGUGAAUUGCCUGAGAAAUACAACGAUGUCGAUUUCAGUGCAGCUGGUGCAGAGUCUGUGGUUCCGCACGACAUUCCAGAUGUUUUCAAGGCACAAUUUGAGCAUUACAAGUCAGAGCUGACGCGCCAUUCGAUCAGUCGAGCUCAUGUGGAAGAUCCGGGGGCUUUAAUGAUGCAGCAGUUUGAGAUCGACCGCUUUGAAAAGACGAGGGGCGAGCUCCCACCAGAGUUGCAGGGAAUGGGUGGGAGUAGGAUCCUGUUUCUUGACGGUACAUCAACCGGCGGAAUUCUGGCUCUGGCACUGGUUUACGCCAAGAAGUCAUUAGAAGACGUCAGGCGCCUCUACUUCAAGCUGAAAGAGCAGCUGUUCCAGGGAAAGGGUCUGAUAUCACAUUAUCUGGGGUUCUGCGAUAGCCAGAGGCUGGAGGAGUUACUGAUUGAAACAUUUGGCCGGGAAAUGAAGAUGACUGACCGCACCCACCCCAAGGUGCUGAUUUCAACUGUGGAUAAGAGAAAGAAUCCCACAAAGCUGCGGUUCUUCAACAACUGCUUUUUUAGCAAUGACAAUUUCGAUCACCGACUGAAAGUCAUUCGUGAUUUUUACCCCAAUCUUCACGUUGCGCUUGUCGUCUCCAUCGGCACGGGAAAGUUUGAAGAGCAGGAGAUAAAGGAGGCAGACAUCAUUACCUGCGUGAAUGCAUUCAGGAUCAUAGAAGCUGUAUCCGGCUUUAAAAAACUGUUUGAAUCGACACUCCAGGCAAUAGCAACUGACAGUCCAAAUGAAGCCACAGGUUUUACAUGCCGUCAGCUGCACAUCCCCUACUUCCGUUUCAACCCGAGUCUUGCUGAGAAGAUUGACCUGAAAGAGGUGAAGACCGAGAAACUCGUGAGGCUCAUUCUCGAUACCAAGUGCUACUGCAACGAAAUGGGAGUGAGGGAUGAGCUGGGUCAUGUUGUUCAACUGCUGCAUGCUGCUGUGAAGGCCAACCAGUCUCAGGUCAUGUAUCGGGCAAGUGUCGGCAGUGCAGGCAGUGCAAGUGGUUGUGAGAAAUGACAUCACUUUGAUCGUUUAAUCACUAGUCAUCUUAAAAAAUAAGCGUGACCCAAUAGUAUUUUAUAGCUGCAUGCACAUGAUUACAACUCAACUUUAAUGAAAUCAUCUGAAAGUAUUAAAAGUACCGCAUAGACAAAAGUACUAUUAAUGAGUCUCCUCAGUGGUGCUAGCUUAUAGUUUAAAGUCUAGUUGCAGGCCUCGAUACCAACUCCCUGUGUACCAAUGCACACAUAUGGAUCUCCAUUGGGGUUCACAGCUCCAGAGGCCAGAAUAGUCACAAGUUCGUCGAAAGCGACAAAGAACUCAUUAAAGGUGUCGAAGUUGAAGAGGUGGUACUCACCGGGAUCAGCAUCAGUGAUGCAGUCUAGCUCAGACUGCACCGCAUCUCCGACGCCUAUGGCAUAUGUGGUCACCCCAAACCGAUUGUGGAGGCAGCGGAUGUCAUCACAGACGUUGCGAUUCGGGUCGUUGGAUUGUCCGUCAGUGAGGUAAACAACAUCGAUGCAGUUGGCAGUUGGGUCAAGGCCACACGUCUGCGUGAGCAUAAAGUCACAGACACAUUGUGUAGCACCGCCGGUGUGAGUGUAACGGGUGCCCGCGCGGUUGAAGCCAUAAUCAAUGUUAGCCAUUGCAGCACUAGCUCCUACGCGGCCAAGACAUGUGUUGUCGUAGCAGUUGAAGCAGAAUUCGACAUAGUACUCGUGGUCAAAGGUCAUCACAGCAACUUUGAUUGGGUUGCAGAAGAACGCAAGGAGGCCACUCAGAGUUGAAGUGACGUUGUUGAAUGUGGAUUCUGCGAUGCUGCCGGACGUGUCCAAAACAAAGAGGAUGUGCUGCAUGCCGUUGGGUAGACAGGUGGUCUGGCGCCGAUAGCGGGCUCCAUGCUCUGCGAUGUUGAAUGGAGUAGGGUCCACAGCAAGUGGCGCUGGAGAUGCCGAGCGGCGCAGUUUUCUGAAGUUUGGUCGCCUCUUCUCCUCCAAAACUGAGCGUUUUCCUGCAGAAAGAAGAUGAGUAUAUGAAACAUGCCACGUUUGUCUGUGAGGUACAGCGUCACCGCCAUG